AUGUGCAGGAAGAAGUGUGGUCUAUGAUUUGGAAGAUUAAAGUGCCAAGUAAGAUGAAGCUUCUUUUGUGGACUAUCUGCCAUGAGAAGGUGAUGGGAAAUGCCGAGCGAAAGAAAAGAAGACUCACUUCGGAUAGCUCUUGCCCACUUUGCGGCAACGAUGAGACCACCUCUCACAUCUUUAAAACUUGCCCAAAAGCAAGACAAAUUUGGAAUUUUAUUGACAAUGGAGGUAUGGGUUGUAAUGGAGAUCACACGGAAAUGAGGAGAUGGGUUGGCGACAAUUUAAGGAGAAAGAAAGGCAGACACGACAACAAUAAUUGGGCUGCCACUUUUGCCGUCACAUGUUGGUGGAUUUGGAGGUGGCGAAACAACGUUGCCUUCGGUGGGGAUGAUCUUGACACCCAGUAUAAAGUGGCUUGGAUUAAGGGAUCAAUCGCUGAGAUUGAAAGGGCAUUCGACAAAAAUCAGGUAUCAACCCCCUCUUUGAUGAAUACAAGGGAUCCUCUACUAAAAUGGAAUCCGGCAGUUGAUCAUGAAUUCACUCUUAAUGUUGAUGGAAGCAAUAAAGUUAUGGCUAACAGGGUGGGGUGCGGCGGAGUCAUUCGCAACAAUAGAGGAGAAUGGCUUGGUGGUUUUUCCUACAGAACUAGACCAAAUAACAUCGAGGAAAUCGAGGCUAAAGCCAUUGAGAAAGGCAUCCAAUGGGCUUGGGGUAGAGGAGUGAGGGAUCUUGAGGUGCAGUGUGACGCUAGGGAAGUUGUUAAUUGGAUUACAACAUCGACGAGUCUGAGGGGACCCAUGAGCGAUACCAUUAUAGCGAUAAAAAGUUGGACUGACAGAUUCCAUAAAAUCAGCUUUCGAGCCAUCUUUCGUGGACAAAAUAAGGUUGCGGAUCGUCUUGCUAACCUUGGGGCUUUUCAAGACAUAUCAUGGAGAACGUUUGAGGUCCCUACUGCAGAUUUGGAAACCUUGAGUACUGAUGAUAUGAUGAGGGUCACUACUACGCGACACGCUACCACCACUUCUCGAGGCUACUAGCUCGGGGUCUCCCCCUCCUUGUUGAUCAAAAAAAAAAUGUGACACUCCGAUGAAGAAAGUGGAGAUUGUGAUGGUAGUGUCGAGUGACUUAGAAAAAUCAAUCCUUUUUGUGAAAAAAAGCAGCUGCGUCCAAUUUUUUUUAAAGCAAUUGUAAAAAAAAUAUUCCGUAAGACAUUGAAAGGGAGCCCACAUUAUGAGUGGUGAUAUAAAAAGUUGGUUGGCAA